CUAGUCACGUGACCUGGUUGUUUGACGGUGGUCGGUUGGGCCGGUUAUGGCUGCUCUCUCUGCGCUGCUCUGAGUUUCAGGGGUAAAUGAGCGUCUUUGAUCUGUUCCGCGGAUUCUUCGGGCUGCCCGGGGGGCAGUACGGUGGACACGGUCGCAGGGAGCCCUUCUUCGAUGGAAUGACCCACGAUGAGGAAGAUGAUGAUGAUGAGGAUGCUGUGUUUCUGUAUGAAGAUACGAGCCGCCCGGGGGAAGAAGAUCUGUUAGACGAGUCUUUCCGGUUCGGGUUCAGUCUCGGACCCAGCGGAGUGCGCAUACAUGAGCCGCCGGGGUUCGGGCAGAUGUUCAGGGAGAUGGAGUUGAUCUUGGAGGGGCUGGGCCGCUUUGGAGGAGAUGCGUUUUCUUCAGGUUUCCCUAGUAUUGAAGCUCCACCUCAUGAAGGAACAGAUGAGAGGAGGAGUAGAGGAGGAGGAGAUAGAGAUAGUGGAAAUUCUCUAAGAGAUUUCAUGUUAAAAAGCCCAGACAAUUCUCCCCAUAGUCCCCCUUCUGUGAGUCCAAAAGAUGGAAAUUCUUCAUCACCUGAACCCCCGAGCUUCCCUAAGAGCCCUUUCCACUACAGGUCUCCAUUUUCCACGUUUAAGGACAUCUGGGGUGAUGGACCAAGACGAAAGGAUGAGGAAAAGAAAGAGGAUGGAGAUCUGGACUCACAGGUGUCUUCUGGUGGGCUGGACCAGAUUCUAACUCCAGCUCCAUCGCAGCCAAAAACGAGAUCAUUCUUUCAGUCGGUCACAGUUACCAAAGUGGUUAAACCAGAUGGGAGUGUUGAAGAAAGACGUACAGUCAGGGAUGGUCAGGGCAAUGAGGAGACUACAGUGACGCGCUCAGGGCCAGGUGUCCAAGAGGGUCCACAGGAUCAGCCUGGUCCCCUCAUACCAGGUGGUUCUCCUUUCUCAGACAUGCAGGAUGAGUUCUCCAUGUUCAGAAGGUUCUUCGGUGGUUUCCGAGGAUGAAUGGACAGAAGACUGAUCUGAUACUGAUCUGAUACUGAUCUGAUAAGCUGCCACAGUUUCAUAUUUAAUGUAAAUUUCUUUAGUAUAUUGAUCUCCUUUUAUUAAACGCUGUUUCAAAUGUAAUAAUUAUUUUUAAGAGCCUUUAUGGGUUGAAUUGUAUAUAGGUUUCAUUCUGAUCAACAGUGUACAAAUAAAAGCAAUAGUAUACAAAUGUC